UAAUUUAAGUCAUUGAAAACUGACGCUUUUUGUUCUGUCCGGCAUUAAUAGAAAACGUAUGGUCUAAGUAAAUAGCACGAGGUGAUAAAAUGGUUCCCAUAGUUUUUAAAGGGUUUUCAUAUGUUCUAAUCUGGUAUUAACACUUAUCGAAACCAUCAAGAAAUCCAGUGAAUAAUAAAAACAAAAUCUAUUUCAAAUGAAAUUUAAAACUUUACGACUUGUGCAACUCAACUCUCUAAUAUACGUAGGUACCUAUUGGUAAGUUUUAUAUGGACUGGAUCGAUAUUUUGUAGUUUUAUACUAGAAUUAAAACUCUUGGAAAAUUUAGAUAGUAGUAUUUAGAUGAUAUUAUAUGACAAUGGUAAAAAUUUUGAAACUAAUUUCAUUUGUUAAUUUAGUCUUUUUUCCUACUACUGAUACUACAAAUUUUAAGCAAACCUUGUUGAAAAGACGACAGAACAGAGUCCACAUGGGUCGUGACUUAACGGCGGGAGAGUACCCCUAUGUUAUCUUAUUGAUAGUAAUUUCUGAAGAAGAGAGCACGUACGCGAGAGCGUGCACAGGUUCCAUGAUCACGGCGACCUGGGGUAUCACCGCCUCGCACUGUCUACAAACAAAAAAUUUUGGUAGAAAUUUAAAAACUUACGUCGCUUAUGAUAACUUCACAGUGUCUCCAAUAUUCACAGGUCUCUAUGUCCCUGUUAUAGAAACGUUUUUGCAUCCCUCAUAUUGCGUGUUUUCUACCAACGGAGGAAAGAAUGACAUAAUUGUGAAUAACGAUGUUGGUCUGUUUCGAUCAGAAAACGUUCCGAAGAAGUCGUACGCAGUUUUAUUAGCAACGGAGUAUUCCACCUUGGUUGGGUUGCCCGUGGUUUAUGUAGGCGGAGGCCGUACGAAAAUGGAGCCAGAUUACAUGGACGCGUUUAGACCUCUGCAGGUAGGCGAAGCAACCAUCAUAAACUGUGACGAAAAGAUGAGGAGCAAAUCAAAGUUUGUGAUCUGCCUCGCUCCGAAGUGCUCGAACAGGCUGGAGACAAUAUGGUACGGCGAUUCAGGGGGCCCACUCAUAUACGAUGGUAAGAUCAUAGGAGUUGCUUCCUAUAUAAUUGAACACAAAAUAAUAAAGAGAAUGGGCUAUGCUCCUGUGAGUCCGUAUGUAGACUGGAUAUCCAGUGUCAUGAAUGGCCACAAACGGUGAAACAUUGUACUUUAGUAAUUUUUAGUUCUUAAAGUAUGUAAAAUCUAAAGGGCAUCAAACGUAAUCAAUCAAAUAGAAAGGUGACACACUCUAAACACAAUAUUAUCAUAAAGACCAAGUUCACUGGGUAACACCAUUGGAAUAAAUACCUGUUAAGAUUAAUUAGAUCAAUGUAGGGCAAUGUAUGACAAGGAUACGACACACUCGCAAUG